AUGUCCCGAGACACGGCCCGGGCUGCUGUCCCAGCUAUACCGAUCCCAAUGACGAAAUCGGAUAAGCAAUGGAAUACGCGCAGUUUAGGACUGAGGUUUGCGGCAGAUGCUGCAAGUGCUGCUGUAGCGGGAGCUCUUAUCUGUCCUAUUAUAACCAUUAUUGAUCGUGCAAUCAUCGAAAAAGCAUCCAAAGGUAUAUCGAUUCGACACACGUUGACCACAUGUCUCCGCGACAUGUUGAGGAAACCGGCCGGCUUCUUCCUCUCGACCCCAUUUAUUCUUAUAUAUACUCUAUACGGCGGUACAUAUUUGACAGCCAAUGCAAUCGAUACCGUCACAUCGACACUGCGCAACCAGCCGUUUGAAACCGUGACCCCUGGUAUGGAGAAGUUCCUCACUACCACGAUCGUCAAUAUGUCUAUUUGCGUUUAUAAAGAUGCUCGAUUUGCCAGAUUGUUUGGACCGUCUAGCAAUCCAUCCGCUCAGUGUCAUCCUUCUGCGCCGGCCGUUACUGUUGCCGCCACUGGUACUUCGGCAUCAUCUGCCGCCGCCGCCGCCGCAACCGCUGCGAAAAUCGCAAGUCAGGCCCCGAGAAUACCCAAAGUUUCAUAUGCAUUAUUCUGCUUGAGAGAUAGCGUGACAAUUUUUGCAUCCUUCAAUAUUCCCCCCUUGAUCGCGCCCUCAGUGCCAGAUUGGAUCGCCUCGACGCCCGGCAUGAAAGCUGCGGUUGCGCAAUUCUCGUGUCCGGCGCUAAUGCAAUUCGUCAGUACACCGAUGCAUUUACUGGGCUUGGAUCUGUAUAAUCGUCAACCACCCGGCGGUCUGGGCUGGCGAGAACGACUUCUCCGUAUUCGACGAGAUUAUAUUGUCAGCUCCUUUGCACGUAUGGGCAAGAUUGUGCCUGCCUAUGGUGUUGGAGGAGUCGUGAAUGUGAGGAUGAGAGCUGCGCUGAUGGAGAAACUGCAGCUAGACGACGAGCGACAGCAUAUCUCUUCAAGUCGUGCUCUUUGA